GAAGAAAAGAAGGGCGAAGACCCUUAAUCUUGACGCGGCAGAGUAGAAGUGCAUAAAAAAGAUCGAUUCUUUUUCCUUUUAGCUGUGUUUCACAUUCUGCAGUCUUCCCUUUCUUUUCUUCUUCACGCGUUCUCCUUCCACGACUUUUUUUUGCUCUGUUAUUUCUCUCCUUUAAAUUUCUCCCAAACCCGAAAAUUCCAACCGACGACGACGGCGACGACUACAUCAAACAAACCCAGUUCGAUUCAGACGAAGAAACCCAGUUCGAUACAUAAUGCUGCGGACGAUUUCGAGGCCGUUAGAGCGGUGUUUUGGGUUGAGACUUGGGUCCGGCGGCGGUGAUGGGUUGCUUUGGCAUACCGACUUGAAGCCUCACGCCUCCGGUGACUACUCGAUCGCUGUUGUUCAGGCAAAUUCGAGCCUUGAGGAUCAGGGACAGGUGUUCACCUCUCCCUCUGCCACGUACGUCGGCGUUUAUGACGGUCACGGCGGACCGGAAGCUUCUAGAUUCGUCAACAAUAAUCUGUUCCCGUUUUUACACAAAUUUGCCAUGGAACAAGGUGGGUUAUCUGCGGAUGUGAUAAGGAAGGCGUUCAGUGCCACUGAGGAGGAGUUUCUGCGUCUGGUGAAGCGAUCGUGGCCGAUGAAGCCGUCAAUUGCUUCUGUCGGGUCAUGUUGUUUGGUCGGGGCUAUAACAAAUGAUGUUCUGUAUGUUGCGAAUCUGGGGGAUUCGAGAGCAGUCCUUGGCCGGAAAGUGAACGGGAGUAAGAGGACGGUGGUGGCAGAACGGUUGUCAACGGAUCACAAUGUCAGUGAUGAGCAGGUCAGGAGGGAAGUUGAAGCACUUCAUCCUGACGAUUCACAUGUUGUGGUGUAUACUCGCGGAGUUUGGAGGAUAAAGGGGAUAAUUCAGGUGUCAAGAUCUAUUGGGGAUGUUUAUCUAAAGAAGCCUGAGUUUAACAGAGACCCAAUGUACCAGCAGUUUAUUACCCCUGUUCCUAUGAAGCGGCCAGUGGUGACAGCAGAGCCCUCCAUCCUUAUUAGAAGCAUUAAGCCACAGGAUAUGUUUUUGAUAUUCGCAUCAGAUGGCCUAUGGGAACAGUUGAGUGAUGAGGCAGCAGUAGAGCUAGUCUUCAAGAACCCUAGAGCUGGUAUUGCCAAGAGACUGGUAAGAGCUGCUCUCCAUGAAGCCGCCAAGAAGAGGGAAAUGAGAUAUGAUGACAUAAAGAAAAUUGAAAAGGGAAUAAGGCGGCAUUUUCAUGAUGAUAUUACUGUCAUUGUAGUCUAUCUUGAUCAGCACAAAAGCUCCUCAAAACAUAAACUCGGCAACAAUGCUCUAAGUUCCAUCACCCAAGCACCUGUUGACAUUUACUCGCUUAGUGCAGAGGAAGUAGAACAGGAUAUGCAUCAUACCAUUAAGUGAACUCAAGAAAACUUUAGAUUGUUGAUAUCCUAGCGUAGUUAGUAGUUGAAAUAAUUAAAACACAGGGGAAGGUUAGGUACUUUUUUUGGAUUGGCUUGGAUAUAUUAGAUUCAGAAUUCAAAAGCAUAGGUAGACAAAGGGAUUGGGAAUGCAGACCAGGAGUAGUCUGCAGAGGUUUAUCUUCGGUGAAUGACUAAUUUUGUGAAGUUGAAUCCAAUUUUGUAACUAUGUUUUCUGAACAUUAUAUUACAGAACUGUUUCAUUGAUUGCUCA